AAUUUCCCGAAAUCCGAAAUCUGAGUUUCCUUUUCCAUGAAAAUAUAUUCCAAGCAUUUUGUAGCACGCAGCCUCACUCUUUUCUUCACGUUUAGUACAUGACUUUAAGUGCCUAGAUACAGUCAGUGGGAAUACCAAACAGUGACCUAUGUCUCAAUUCUAGGUCCAAUGGGAAAUUUCUUCAGAAAGCUGAAGACAUUUCUGAUGGCUGACACUAAAGAGGAGGAGGAGGGAAAAUAUCAGUUUCCAAAAACUUUGGAGGAAUUUGGAUACUACUUUAACAAAGAUGGGCAGAUGAGAGAUAUGAAAACAUAUGAGCCUUUCAAUUUUGUAGUGGAUGAAGACAAUCAUAAAUAUAAUCAGAAGAGAUACGAAGCUCUAGGAAAUAUAAUAACUGAAUUUGUGUAUAAAUUACUAGAAGACAAACACAAUCUACAGAAGGUCACAAUUCCAGUGGAUGCUGAGCCUGAUGAGCCAACUUCUUUUUUCUACAUGUCUGAGGAUGCCCUUAAUAAAGACAAACUUUUGAUCCUGAUUCAUGGGAAUGGAGUGGUUAGAGCAGGACAAUGGGCCAGGAGACUGAUCAUUAAUGAUUGUCUGGACUCCGGAACACAGCUUCCUUUUAUUGACUGGGGUAUCAAGGAGGGAUAUGGAGUUAUUGUAGCCAACACUAAUUAUAACAAAGCUAAUGAUGACAACAAUGGUGAGGAAAUCAGGUGCAGUGAAAGCCCAGAGGAUCACAUGGAAUGUGUAUGGAAAAAUUUUGUGCAGGAAUCUAAGGCCAAUGCCAUAGGGAUAGUGGCUCACAGUUAUGGUGGAGUUGUUGCCCUUGAUCUGGCCAUAAACCACAUAGAUGAGUUUUCUAAGCGAGUGUUUGCUGUGGCCUUAACAGACUCGGUCCAUAGCUUUAGCCACCAGAAUGGAGAUGAACGUGUAAUUGAGUUUUACAGACAACAUGGUAGGAACUGGGCCUCCUGUCUGGAUGAGUUAGACACUCCCCUAAAGAGCCAGUCAGAUUUCUGUCCCACAGUGGCAGCUGGCACAGAAAAACAUGAAUACACUAGCUACAGCAGCAUGCAUUCCAUUUUCAAAUUUUUGUCUGAGAAAUACAAAGAGAUGACAGAACCUGCAGAAGAGAAAAAAGAAAACUCAGAAAAGAUGGCCUCCUCAGAGAAAUUUUCAGAAGAGGAAGCCAUGUCACAGGAAGUAACAGCCAGUCAGAUUGAUGUAGAGAUGAACUCACAGAAUCCCGAAGAAAGUCUGAAAGAUGAACUGUGAUUGGUCUUUUUAGACUUUUUGUUAAAUAUUCAUGAGAUAUUUAUUUUUAUGCAUUAAAUUAUAACUAAUUACACUGCUUUAUAAUUAGUUUCAUGCAUUAUCAUACGGUGUGAUGUGACAUCAAUUAAACUUUACAUUUUGUGUUCAAUUAUUUGACCUUGGCAUUUUUCAUUACUUUUCAGUGGCCCUUUUCACAAAACAUCUUACGACUUAGAUAAAAAUGUGACAACUCUGUAAUUUUUUGUUUAAGAUAUAUUGAUUUUUUCCUUAAAUAUUUUUACAAUAUAAUCUCAUGUAAUAAAAUUAUAAGACUUUUAUAUGUCCUACUACAGCUUAGAUACUUUUUGCAGAAGGGGAAAAAAAUUGUCUUAGUUGUAAGAUUUUUUGUAAAAAGGGCCACUGAGCAUAAAAUGGUUGUACAUAUUAUGACAUAAUAAAUGUACAUGUCCAUAAAAAUACUAUAUAGCAUGACUGUUUAUGUAAAUAUGUGGUAAAAAGAAUAUGUUUAUUGUAACCAAUAAUUAGAUAAGAUCUGCUGUAUUUGAGAAGCAGACACAGUCUUAGGAUUUGGUAUUGAAUUUAUUUUCUAAAAAUUAUUUACAGAUGAUAACUGAUUUUGAAAAACGAAUGCAUGUAUCUAGUCUGUUAUUAUUGCAGGUCUUACUUCUUUAAUACUUCAGGUGUACUAUAUUUUUAUUUAGAUUGUACCUGCACACUUUUUGUAGGGGUUGGAUAAGAAACAUGCAUGUUACAAGCUAUACAUAUGUUAGUCCCUGCUUUAUGUCAGGAGUUAUUUAACAUGUACAGAAUGGGGGUCUGACAAUUACUUCUAAAUUUUCCACAUACAACCAUUACUCUGCUUUCAUUUAGAAAGUAAUUAAGUAUAUUACAAUUACUUUUCCAAAGUAAUGAAUUUAUUACACUUUACAUUUUAAAUGAAAAUAACUCUUACAUUUUAUGAACAUGCAAUUUAUUGAAAAUUCACUUUAAGUCAGAUUGUGAAUGCAUCAAGAAUUUAUGUCAUUUUAUGUAGGAUAAAGUUGCAGUUCAUGUAAUAAAAAAUGUAACUGAAAA